AUCUCUCUUCCCUUUUCUUUCCCUUCCCACAGUGUUGCCAUCAAUAAUUAUUAUUUUAGUACUAUUAGAUGGAGGAUUAAUCCUAUUUUCUCACCGCCUCGCUUCCGCUCCCUUCCAGGAACCGCAGAGCCCUCCAAUCUUGUGCCCCCAAAGGUAAAGCCUGAGCAAACCCUUAUUCCCCGUUUCUCCUCCAGAUCUUGUGUUCCUCUCCCCUUGCCGCCGCUGGAGACCGCACCCUGAAACCUGAUUCCCGUGCCGAUCCUCGUGAUCAUGGCGAACGGCGACGGCCCCUCCGGUCCUGGGGACUUUGUGCUCCGCUCCGGUGUCCGAUCCGGUCUCAAGCGCGAGUUCGCCUUCGCCCUUCGCGCUCAGGCCGCCCUCCCGGUGUCCCUCGGCCGCACCCGCUCCGGUAAGUCCCCUUCCUCUCCCGUCGCCGCCUCUUCUCGCGAUUCCAAGAGGCCCAAGAGAGACGAUACCAAUGAUUCGGCGUCCAAGGCUGCCGGAUCGCCGCCGGAGGUGGUGGCCCCCAACCCCCCUCCCGGUCUUUGCCAGAUCGAGGCAGAAGGUCCGGUUGUGGUGGAUCGUGUGGACAAGGCCAAGGCGGAGUCCCCAGUUGUGGUGAAUGGGCAGGAUGAGGCCAUGCCGGAUUGCAAUCUGUCAGGGAAUGGGUCUGCCGCGGAGAAAUCUGCUCAGAUCGGCGUUCUUGAUGAGGCUAAGGUGGAUGGGGAUCCUCAUCUAGAGAAAUCAGGAUUAAGGGCUACAUCAGAAGGCUUGCCGGAGCCCCCAGUGGCUUCUUCACCUCCAAUCGAGGGAGCUGGAGCUGGAUCUGUGAUUGACGAUAAUGGGAUUGAGACCCUAAUUGCAAUUGACGAUAAUGAUGCGGGUAGGGCUAAUGGCGAUCGAUUGGAGAAUGGCUGUGCCUCAGAGGACCCAAUUGUAAUCGAUGUUCCAGAUGGAUCAAAGAGGGAUGGCACAACGAUGGAGAAGCCUAUGAAGAAGAGGUUCACGAGGUCGUCAUUGAAGGUUACUUUGCAAGAACCAUCGACUGCAACACUUCCGCCAAUAUUGAAUCAGGCAUGUUCUGUGGCAGAGACUCCAAGUUUGGUAGACGAUCGUGAUGGAUUGGAUAAGUCUACCAGAAGGUUCACGAGGUCGGCAUUGAAGGCCCCUCCAAUAGAGGAUGGAGUCUCUACGGUGGAAUCACCGAUGGAGAUAAAUGCUCACUAUGGCUCUAAGGAUGGAAACAGUGUGUCAGAGAAGCCUGCCAGGAGGCUUACAAGGUCGGCAAUUAAAGCUAAAGAGGAAGAUUCUGGAGCAGCAGAAACCACUGCCGCAAGUAGUGGGUCUGUUGGGUCAGAUGACCGGAAGGCCGAGGCAAAUGGUGAGAAUGGAUCUUUGAACUCGACACUGAAGAAGAAGAUGGAACUGAAGAUGUCCAAGAAAAUUGCGCUGACGAAGCUCCCAACAAAUGUCAGGGACUUGCUUUCUACUGGCCUGCUUGAGGGGUUGAUUGUAAAGUACAUCACCUCUAAUGGCAAGCGACCUGUGCUUCAGGGCGUGAUAAAGGGAAACAAUAUAUUGUGCUCUUGUUCUUCGUGCAAUGGUUCCAAGGCUGUUUCAGCUUAUCAGUUUGAACUGCAUGCUGGGAGCACAAAGAAGCAUCCAUCAGACUUCAUUUUUUUGGAAAACGGGAAUAGCCUUCGUGCUGUUUUAAAAGCAUGCACUAGCGCUCCAUUAGACAUGUUGGAGGCUGCAAUCCAGAAUGCAAUAGGUCAAGCACCUCCAAAGGAGCAGAUCACUUGUCAGAAGUGCAAAGAGUUGUUUCAUACUUCACGCACUGGGAAGUUUGCACUGCUGUGUGAUUCAUGUGUCAAUUCAAAGCAACGACCGAAAACUCCAAGUCCAUCACAUGGAACUGCUAGUACUGCGAGGUCAUCAAGGAAAGGUUCAUUAGAGGAUCCAUCAGAUAGCUCAUCCAAGAAUUUGCUACCAAAUAAGAAGAAUAGUGUGGGAAAGUUAACUAGAAAGGAUUUGGGGUUGCACAAGCUGGUUUUUAUGAAUGACAUUUUACCUCAGGGAACUGAAGUAGCCUAUUAUGUUCGUGGAAAGAGAUUGCUUCAGGGUUAUAUAAAAGAGACUGGGAUAUACUGUCAUUGCUGCAAUAAUGUGGUUAGUCCGUCACAGUUUGAAGCUCAUGCUGGUCAGGCUUCUCGGCGCAAACCUUACAAUAACAUCUAUACUUCGAAUGGAGUUUCUCUUCAUGAAUUAUCUGUUUCGCUAUCUAAAGGCCGAAAGUUGUCAGCGAGCGAAAAUGAUGAUCUGUGCAGCAUCUGCGCGGAUGGUGGAGAUCUUCUCCUUUGCGAUCUCUGUCCUCGGGCCUUCCACAAAGAAUGUGUCGGUUUAUCAAGCAUACCCAGAGGGGACUGGUACUGUCGAUAUUGUCAAAGUCUCCAUCAGAGAGAGAGGAGUGUGGCACAUAAUGAUAAUGCAAUUGCUGCUGGGAGGGUUGCUGGAGUCGACCCUAUUGAGCAGAUAUUUAGGCGAUGUAUUCGUAUUGUCUCAACGCCCGAUAAUGAUAUCAGUAGCUGUGCCCUGUGCAGGCGCCAUGACUUUAGUAAGUCAGGAUUCAGUGACCGCACUGUCAUCAUAUGUGACCAGUGUGAGAGAGAGUACCAUGUUGGGUGUCUGAAAGAGCAUAAGAUGGCCGAUUUGAAGGAGUUGCCUGAAGGAGAGUGGUUCUGUACUUCUGAUUGCUGUAGGAUUCAUUCUGCUUUGCAAACAUUGCUUCUUCGUGGAGCGCAACCACUCCCUCUGUUAGAUGUGGAUGUGAUAAGGAAGAAGUGUGACAUCAAAGGUUUCAACAUUGGGGCCAAUACCGAUAUAAGAUGGCAACUUUUAAGUGGCAAAACUGCUGAUGCGGAAAGUAGAUUAUUGCUUUCCAAAGCAGUUGCUAUUUUCCAUGAGUCAUUUGACCCGAUUGUUGAUGCUACAACAGGCAGGGACCUUAUUCCUACAAUGGUUUAUGGAAGGACGGUGAGAGACCAAGAUUAUGGAGGGAUCUACUGUGCAUUAUUAACUGUGGGUUCAUCUGUGGUAUCUGCGGGGAUUUUACGUGUUUUGGGAAGUGAAAUUGCUGAACUUCCGCUAGUUGCAACAAGCAGAGAACAUCAAGGGCAGGGAUACUUCCAGUCUCUCUUUUCGUGCAUAGAGAGACUGCUGGUAACUCUGAAGGUCAAGCAUUUUGUGCUUCCAGCAGCUGAUGAAGCUGAAUCUAUCUGGACCAAGAAAUUUGGUUUCACAAAAAUUACUUCAGAUGAGUUGCACAAGUAUUUGAAUGGUGCCCGAACGACAGUAUUUCAAGGGACAUCAACACUCCAUAAGCCAGUUACAGUUCCUCAUGUUUCUAGUCGAGAAACGCAAGGGAGCAGAUGAAAUUUAUUUUAUUUUUUGUCCAAUCAUGUUGGAAGAGCCACCUUUUGCAGUGCUUUUCGCAUCAAUUGUACAUAGAAAGGAUGUGGAAUGUACGGGAUAUAGUUACUCAAUUUUCGUCCGGUGGUUCUUAUGAAGCCAAAAAGUUUGGGUGGGAUCAUAGGGAUUGCUAAAAUGGUAUAGGCAAGCCUGAAUGUAGGAGCACAUAAGCAUAGAAAAAUUAUAUUGCGUGGUAUACUGAGGCAACGUUUGACAUUACUUAAAAAUAUUUUGAAAAAUUAAAAGUAAGUUCAUUUUUA